AUGGAGGCAGCACGCACCGAGCGCCCCGCAGGCUGGCCCGGGGCGCCCCUCGCCCGGACGGGGCUCCUACUCUUGUCUACGUGGGUCUUAGCUGGGGCUGAGAUCACUUGGGGCGCGGCGGGCGGUCCUGGACUCCCUGCGGCUCCAGCUUCGUGGCCACCGGCUGUGCCUCCUCUCCCGCCGCGGGCAUUGGCGAGCCGGUGGCAGGAAGAGCAGGCGAUGGCGCGGAGGGAAGUCGCUCUGGGACGCCGGCCCGGACCCCAGCCGCUGUCCCGGCCAGGCGGAUGUGAGAAAUUAGAGAUAGUCUGGGGGACGCCAGCGGUUCCUGGCAAGCCGGGUGGCGCAAGGAGGAGUCGCCGCGCACAGCCCCCCAGCGCCCUGGAGAGCGGGGACGCCUGGGCCACUGCCCCGGCAGAUGGAUCUCGAGCCGGCCGCACCUUGGACAAGGGACUCCGGGAGGAGGGGAAGGCACCGCGUACUGGGGGAACAGCGACCGAGGAUCUCCGGUUGCCCAGCACCUCAUUCGCACUAACCGGAGACUCAGCACACAACCAAGCCAUGGUGCACUGGUCUGGGCACAACAGCAGCGUCAUCCUAAUCCUGACGAAGCUGUAUGACUUCAACCUAGGGAGUGUGACUGAGAGUUCAUUGUGGAGGUCAACAGAUUAUGGCACCACCUAUGAAAAGCUGAAUGAUAAAGUGGGUUUGAAGACGGUCCUCAGUUACCUCUACGUCAAUCCCACCAACAAAAGGAAGAUCAUGCUUCUUAGUGACCCUGAACUGGAGAGCAGCAUAUUGAUCAGCUCAGAUGAAGGGGCGACCUAUCAAAAGUAUCGGCUCACCUUCUACAUCCAGAGUUUGCUCUUCCAUCCCAGGCAAGAAGACUGGGUGCUGGCCUACAGCCUCGACCAAAAGCUCUACAGCUCCAUGGAUUUUGGAAGACGGUGGCAACUCAUGCAUGAACGGAUCACACCCAACAGAUUUUACUGGUCGGUGGCCGGAUUGGAUAAGGAGGCGGACCUGGUGCACAUGGAGGUGCGGACAACGGAUGGAUAUGCUCACUACCUUACCUGCAGGAUCCAGGAAUGUGCAGAGACGACCCGGAGUGGGCCCUUUGCUCGUUCCAUUGACAUCAGUUCCCUGGUGGUGCAGGAUGAAUAUAUCUUCAUCCAGGUGACUGCAGGAGGAAGAGCCAGCUACUACGUGUCCUAUCGGAGAGAAGCCUUUGCUCAGAUAAAGCUACCCAAGUACUCUUUGCCCAAGGACAUGCACAUUAUCAGCACGGAUGAGAACCAAGUGUUUGCGGCCGUCCAAGAAUGGAACCAGAAUGACACGUACAACCUCUACAUCUCCGACACCCGCGGGAUCUACUUCACCCUGGCCAUGGAGAACAUCAAGAGCAGCCGAGGUCUCCUGGGAAAUAUCAUUAUUGAACUGUAUGAGGUAGCAGGUAUCAAAGGGAUAUUCCUGGCAAACAAGAAGGUGGAUGAGCAGGUGAAGACCUACAUCACAUACAACAAGGGCCGUGAUUGGCGCCUGCUGCAAGCCCCGGAUGUGGACCUGAGAGGGAGCCCAGUACACUGCCUGCUGCCCUUCUGCUCCUUACACCUGCAUUUGCAGAUCUCUGAAAAUCCAUAUUCCUCGGGAAGAAUUUCUAGCAAGGAGACAGCCCCAGGACUUGUGGUGGCGACAGGCAACAUUGGCUCGGAACUCUCAUACACUGAUAUUGGUGUGUUCAUCUCCUCUGACGGGGGAAACACGUGGAGACAGAUCUUUGACGAAGAGUACAAUGUCUGGUUCCUCGACUGGGGUGGCGCCCUUGUGGCCCUGAAACACACACCUCUGCCAGUCAGGCAUUUGUGGGUGAGUUUUGAUGAGGGCCACUCCUGGGACAAGUAUGGUUUCACUUCGCUCCCUCUCUUCGUCGACGGGGCUCUGGUGGAGGCAGGAGUGGAGACCCAAAUUAUGACAGUUUUUGGCCACUUCAGCCUCCGCUCUGAAUGGCAGCUAGUGAAAGUGGAUUACAAAUCCAUCUUCAGCCGGCGCUGCACCAAGGAGGACUAUCAGACCUGGCACCUGCUGAAUCAGGGGGAGCCUUGUGUCAUGGGAGAAAGGAAAAUAUUCAAGAAACGCAAGCCAGGAGCUCAGUGUGCCUUGGGCCGGGACUAUUCUGGUACGGUGGUCUCAGAACCCUGCGUCUGUGCAGACUGGGAUUUCGAAUGUGACUAUGGCUAUGAGAGACAUGGGGAGAGCCAGUGCGUCCCAGCUUUCUGGUAUAAUCCAGCAUCCCCGUCAAAGGACUGCAGCCUUGGGCAGAGCUACCUAAACAGCACUGGGUAUCGCAGAAUCGUGUCCAACAACUGCACAGACGGACUGAGGGAGAAGUACACUGCCAAGGCUCAGAUGUGCCCUGGGAAAGCCCCUCGAGGCCUCCACGUGGUGACAACUGAUGGGCGGCUGGUGGCUGAGCAGGGACACAACGCCACGUUCAUCAUCCUCAUGGAAGAGGGUGACCUCCAAAGGACAAAUAUCCAGCUUGACUUUGGGGAUGGAAUUGCCGUGUCCUAUGCUAAUUUCAGUCCCAUUGAGGACGGCAUCAAGCAUGUGUACAAGAGUGCCGGGAUCUUCCAGGUGACAGCGUACGCCGAGAACAGCCUGGGCUCAGACACAGCUGUCCUCUUCCUACACGUGGUUUGUCCCGUGGAGCAUGUGCAUCUUCAAGUUCCGUUUGUCGCCAUAAGAAAUAAAGAAGUCAACGUCAGUGCAGUAGUGUGGCCCAGUCAGCUGGGGACACUCACCUAUUUCUGGUGGUUCGGCAAUAACACGAAGCCCCACAUCACCUUGGAGAGCAGUAUUUCCUUCACAUUCCCUGCAGAGGGGUCCAGCACCAUCACUGUCCAGGUAGCUGCUGGAAACGCGCUUAUCCAGGACACAAAAGAUAUCGCCGUUCAUGAAUAUUUCCAGUCGCAGCUCUUAUCCUUCUCUCCCAACCUGGAUUACCACAAUCCUGACAUUCCUGAGUGGAGGCAAGACAUUGGCAAUGUCAUCAAGAAAGCGCUAGUGAAAGUAACCAGUGUCCCAGAAGAACAGAUUCUUGUGGCAGUAUUCCCCGGCCUCCCCACGUCAGCAGAGCUCUUCAUCCUUCCUCCCAAGAACCUGACCGAGAGAAGGAAAGGCAAUGAAGAGGACCUGGAAGAAGUUGUAGAGUUGUUAUUUAACGCUCUAAACCAGAACUUGGUUCAGUUUGAGCUGAAGCCGGGUGUUCAAGUCGUUGUGUAUGUCACACAGCUGACAUUAGCUCCAUUGGUGGACUCCAGUGCAGGACACAGUAGCUCGGCCAUGCUGAUGCUCUUGUCUGUGGUGUUUGUUGGCCUCGCCGUGUUUUUGAUUUAUAAGUUUAAAAGGAAAAUUCCCUGGAUUAAUAUCUAUGCUCAAGUGCAACACGACAAAGAGCAGGAGAUGAUUGGGUCUGUGAGCCAAAGUGAAAACGCCCCUAAAAUCACCCUCAGUGACUUCACCGAACCCGAGGAACUUCUUGACAAAGAGCUGGACACUCGGGUCAUAGGAGGCAUCGCCACCAUUGCGAACAGCGAAAGCACAAAGGAGAUCCCGAACUGCACUAGUGUGUGA